AUGGGGGUGACUGGAAAAGACAGCCUUCAGGAUUGCGUUAAGGUUAGAGACAUUUUUUAUACUCACCAUUUGGCAUAUGAGGUUCCAAUGGCUAUCGUCAUUUUGAGUCAACCAACUGGGGGCCAACUCUGUUGGCGUUUGGCGCCAUUUGUGUACACUCUCAUUUGGGAGGACAAACCGGAGGACAUGAGUGAUAAGGAUUGGGAUAAGUUUAAUCGUCAGGCUUGUGGUUCCAUUCGGCUAUGUCUCGCAAAAGAUCAAAAGUAUUUUGUUAUGCGAGAGACGAAGGCGAAGGAUCUUUGGAAGAAGCUCGAGGAUAAGUUCAUGACCAAGAGCGUAGAGAACCGCCUCUACUCGAAGAAGAAGCUCUUCCGUUUCCAGUUCCGUGCAGGUAGUUCUAUGAAUGAGCACUUGUCUGAUUUUAAUAAAAUACUUGCUGAUCUUCAGAAUUUGGAUGCCAAUAUUCUUGACGAGGAUAAGGCUUUGAUUUUGUUGAAUUCUCUUCCUACUUCGUAUGAUCACCUUGUUACUACUUUGUUAUAUGACAAGUGUGCUUACUGUCACAACAAAGGUCAUUGGAAAAGGGAUUGUCAUGUCUUAAGGAGUAAGGACUCCAAUUCCAAUUAUGCUUCUGAUGAGGAUGAUGAUUUGAAAGCUUUGGUGAGUCUCAUGCCUGUUAGCCACUCGAGGGAGUCGAAGUGGAUUUUGGAUUCUGAUUGUGGCUGUCAUGUGUGUCCUAAUAGGGAUUGGUUCUCUAGCUUGAAAGAGUUAGAUGGCGGUGAUGUUUUUGUGGGUGAUGGCGGUGCUUGCAAGACUUUGGGAAUAGGUACAAUCAGCUUGGUUAUGCAUGAUGGAUUCAUUUGGACAUUGGAUAAUGUUCGGUAUGUACCGAGCGUGAAAUAUAAUCUCAUCUCUCUGGGUGCCUUAGAGACCGUAGGUUCGGUGAUCACUUUGAAGAGUGGAGCUCUAAAGGUUUCAUUUGGCAAUCUGGUUGUGAUGGAGGGCGUUAGGUGCAAUAAUUUGUAUUUUCUUGAAGGGAGUACAGUGUUGGGUGGAGCAGCCACUGGCGCUUUGGAUAUUGGGGAAUCUGUUCUGGAUACUACCGCUUUGGGGCACGAAUGCUUUGAUGAUUUGGGGAAGCAAUCCGGGGUUCAUUUUGGGGAGCAUUAUGCUUCGGAGAAGCAACUUGGAGUCAAGUUCGACAUGGCAGUCGACCGCUUCAUCGGAGCACUUGACAUUGUUUAG